CUCAUUAAUCCGACACACCACGUUCUGUUUCAACGCUCGCACUCAAUGACGUUGAGUGACGCCUUACUUGAUAUUGUUUAGAUGCGGGGGAACUUAUUCCAACUGUGUUGGCGAUAAAUUGAGGACGGUAAGACUAGUGAGAUUGAGAGGAGCUUCAUCGAGCGAUCAGCCUCCUCUUUGAUGACGAGUUUGAGGAGUUCAAUCAAAGCGAUACAUUUCAGUAGAAAUUCAUCUGAAGUAAAUAGCUACGGUACGCGGCCUAAACGGCGCAGUUCAGUCUUAUGGAGUAUAUAAAUCACUAAGUGCUUUUCUAUGCAUUCGUUCCUUCAAACUUUGCAUCACACAGUCUUUAUCGUUUCAGGGCAUUUCAAGCAGUACAAACAAGCAUUCAAAAUGAAGUUCACGCACCCUGCUCUUUUGGCUUUAUUCAGCACGACCACAGCACUUCCUUUUUUUCAUGGCUCUCAUCCCUCCCUGAAGGAAGGCUUGCUCCCAAGACAAGAACCCCUUCCAACUACUCCCACGAACUCCCCACCCUUCACCAUGCCCUCAGGAACAGGUUUCGGCGGUUUCCCUGCUUUCCCAACAGGAACAGGGAUGACUCCACAUCAUGGCGGCCAUGGGGCCGCCAGCCCUUCUGGCUCUGUUAAGCAUCACAGCGCAGGUCCACACCCUCGACCCACGAAAUCGAAAUCGAGAAACGUGCCACGCCAGUUCCCAACCGCCACGCCGCCCAGCUACGGCUCGUGGCCGACCGGUGUGAAUUCCGACAAUGGGGCGGGUUUCCUUGGAGGUGGAGGAUCUGCUCCAACUGGGUUCCCGACGAAUGGCAAACAUCCACACCACACGGCUCCUUACCCAUCCCCGUACCCCACACUUUGAUUCUCCUGGCAUUGGGACAGCCCCCUUUCGCCGUUUUCGGCUGGGAGGGGGGGAUCUUCUUGAUCUUCCAGUACGACCGGCUCAGGCUUCCCCCUUCCCAACUGCUGCUCCUUCAGCAUUCGGGACCUCUGUGCUCAAUUUCAAGAUUGAUCUAUUCUGGGGAGCUUGUCUUCUGGAGCGAGUUAGUCAUCUAGGCUGUUUGGAGAUUGGAACGGUGUCCUGCUUUAUGACAAUG